AUGGCGGCGGCCGGUGGCGUCUCCCCGCUGCGCUCCUGCCUGCUGCGUCUGCGGAGAUGGCGACACCCGCCCGCCGGCUACAGCAGCAGCUGCUCCCCGCGCAGAGCCGCCAGUGAUGAAGCAACCAUUAUCUCAGGGACUCAGCUUGCUAAACAAGUCUAUAAAGAAGUCCAGAGGGAUGUAGAAUCAUGGAUGUCCCUUGGGAACAAGAGACCUCAUCUCACUGUCAUUUUAGUAGGAGACAACCCAGCCAGUCAUACAUAUGUAAGAAAUAAGAUGAAGGCAGCUGCUGCUGUAGGCAUUUGUAGUGAGAUAAUAUUGAAGCCUAAAGACAUUUCUCAGGAAGAACUUUUAGAUCUGACUGCCAAAUUAAACCAUGAUUCAAGAGUUAAUGGUAUAUUAGUCCAGCUACCUCUUCCAGAUCAUAUAGAUGAACGAACAGUCUGCAAUAUUGUUGCACCUGAAAAGGAUGUGGAUGGAUUCCAUAUUAUCAACAUUGGACGACUGUGUCUUGAUCAACCUUCUGUAAUACCUGCCACCGCUGCUGCUGUUUGGGAAAUUAUAAAAAGAACAGGAAUACAAACAUUUGGAAAAAAUGUUGUUGUAGCUGGAAGAUCUAAGAAUGUAGGAAUGCCUAUUUCAAUGCUUUUACAUUCAGAUGGAGAACAUGAAAGGCCUGGAGGUGAUGCUACAGUGACAAUUACUCACAGAUAUACUCCAAAAGAACAGCUGAAGAUCCAUACCCAACUAGCUGACAUUAUAAUAGUAGCUGCAGGUAUUCCAAAGUUGAUUACAGCUGAUAUGGUUAAAGAAGGUGCAGUUGUGAUUGACGUAGGCAUCAACCAUAUCCACGACCCUCUGACAGGGAAAACCAAAUUAGUAGGGGAUGUGGACUUUGAAGAGGUAAAGAAGAAAGCUGGCUUUAUCACUCCAGUCCCUGGAGGAGUAGGACCUAUGACUGUUGCCAUGCUCUUGAAGAACACGCUCAUUACUGCUAAAAAGCUCGUUUACUAG